AUGGCGGUCAGGGCACUGCACUCCUCCAUCCACCCAACCACACUAGCGAGUCGACCGGCACACGAUCUUCGCAGCUCUUCCCCUCCCUCCCCCGCAUUCGUCCAUUUAGAAUCCAAGCAGAGUUCCGCUGCCGUCGCUCGUCGCGUCCAAUCACGAGCCUCCCGUCAGCAAAGAUUCGUCCUAGCCUCGCAUGGCUCGUCAGCAGACGGUCCGUCAGCAGCGGCGCCGUCACCACCACGUCAAACAACUCCUCAGCCGUCAGCGGCAGCGGAUCUGCCAUCACAUGCCACGGGCCGCGACAAGCUCGCUAGAGCUGCGGAAUGGCUGCGAAAGGCGGCGACGGGAGCCGUGGUCGGAGCGGCGGCUGCGGCGGUGCUUCUAGUCGGGAUUCCCGCUCCGUCAGUUGCGGAGAGCUUGCUAAGCGGCGAAACAACGGAUGUGCUGAUGAGUGACGCGGCGAUGGGCGUGGAGGAGGAGGACGGCGUGCUCACUCUCAUCGUGCCUCGACCGCACAUCACUGGGGUGGAGGCGGCGCAGCGGACAAUGGUGGAGGCGUGGGGGAUCGUGCGCGAGGCGUUCGUGGAUCCCACCUUCAACCACCAGGACUGGGACCGCCGCCUCGCCGCCGCCAUCCGCGGCAGCGUCUCGGCGGGCAGCGCGGACGACGCGUACGGGCUCGUGCACGACAUGCUGGCGACGCUGGGCGACCCGUUCACUCGCCUGGUGUCGCCGAGCGACUACGACAGCUUCCGCGUGAGCAGCGACGGCGGUCUCGAGGGCGUGGGGCUGUUGCUCGCCUCCGACACCACUGACGGCCGCCUGCUGGUGCUGUCGCCCAUCGAGGGCGGCCCCGCGGAUCGAGCGGGCAUCCACACGGGCGACGAGGUGGUCGCCGUCGACCACUCCCCGCUGAGCGGUAUGAGCGGGCAGGAAGCGGCGAACCUGCUGCGAGGCAAGGCGGGCACAGCAGUCACGCUCACCGUGCGCCCCGCUAGAGCUGACGUGAACGGCUCUGAUUCGCCGGAGGGAACGACUGACAUCCUGUUGAGGCGCGAGCCCAUAGCGCUGUCGCCGGUGUACGCGACUGCGCUGCCCCACCACACGGAGCAGGGCGCCCCCACCUCCACCGGCUACAUCCGCCUCGCCUCCUUCUCCCAGAACGCGGCGGAGGACAUGGCGCGGGCGAUAGAGCGGCUGGAGGGCGAGGGCGUGGCGAGCUACAUCCUGGACCUGCGCAACAACCCCGGCGGCCUCGUGCACGCCGGGCUCGACGUGGCGCGCAUGUGGCUCGGAUCCGGCGCCACCCUCGUCAACACGGUUGACCGCACCGGGGCCGUGGAGGCCAUUGCGCUGCGCAACUCACGCGCGCUCACGGACCGGCCGCUGGCUGUGCUGGUGAAUCAUGGGAGUGCGAGUGCGAGUGAGAUAGUCGCGGGCGCGCUGCAUGAUAACGGGCGGGCGACGCUGGUGGGGGAUACGACGUACGGCAAGGGGCGCAUUCAGACGGUGUUUGAGCUCACCGAUGGGUCGGCGCUGUUUGUGACGGUGGCCAAGUACCUAUCGCCCGCCAUGCACGCCAUUGAUAAGGUCGGCGUUGCUCCUGACCUCGCCUGCGCUCUCCCCACUCUGCAGCCCCUCCCCACCUCUACCUCUGCUUCCACUUCUGCCUCUGGUCCUGCUGCUGCUGCUGCUGCUGCUCCAGGCGUGCUCUCUGGCCCCCUGGGGGCCGGGCAGCAGGAAGCGGCGCUGCCGGGGGGAGGCGUGGGGGGAGGGCGGGCGGUGGUGGUGGAGGAGGAGGUGUAUGGCGCGGAGCUGCAGCGCGACAGCUGUGUGCUCACUGCUGAGAGGCAGCUCGACCGCCACGCCUGA